AUCUUCAAGUGCGUCCAUGAACGUUAUUGGUUUAUGCGAGUGUAUCUAUCUAAGUAGAGAAACAUUUAUUGUUUUUACUUAUAAGUUUAGAUUAAGCAUUCAUACUGCGAACAAUAUGAUUAACAAAAGUGUUUUUACGAUAUUCUUGCUGGGGGUUAUUUCUUUGGCCCAGGGAUUCAAUACAGAAUAUUUUGACACAGAAUUUCUUACGUCCAAUGGGAAGUUGAAAUUGGCUAAGCUAGUAAAAUAUGAACCUGAAAAGUUUGAUAAUUAUGGAGUUUCUGGAAUUACAGCAAAUAUGAAUGAAUAUGCAGAAAAAAUUUUCUUCAAUAUCGGAAGGUAUGCUUUAACCCAUGGUCUUGACCCUGUCAAUAUUGCAAAUGUAACUGAAGAUUUUAUGCUGGCAUCAAUUAAGUUUAAAAAUGGUAAACUUCACGGAAUAUCCACACUAAAAAGAUAUCAGGACGUGCUAGCUAAUUACGUACAUUCCAGUAGGACUUUAAUUGUCACUUUACCUAUAGAAUUUGUUGAUCUUAAGUUUACCUAUGAUUACGAUGUGAGGAUAUUUGGACUUGGUCCAAGCGGUAGCAUGGAUGGCGAAAUCAAGGAAUUUAAGUUUUACCUUCAAUUUUCUUUAGACCUCGAGCAUUUCGUUUUAUCAAUUAAACAAUUGAAGACCACUGAUAGUGGACAUAUCUCCGUUCAAUUCCAUGGAAAUAUUACAGAUAUUAUAGUCAACAUAUUAUCUGAAUUCAUAACUACAUUCCUGCAUCCAUUACUACAAGGCAUAAUCGAGGCAAUAAUAAAAUUAAUAGCAGGUGGCGUAGUAAGUGAAAUUAACAAACUUCUACAACAAUUAGUCAAUCCAAAUGCAACCGAGUUUAUUAUUGAGGAACUACUGGUCCAGCUUAACAAAACUCUUGUAAAUUAAUUACCUAUAUAUUUCUAUAUAUUUACUGUUUAAAUAAAUUAAAAAGAUUGUGUAAAAUUAAAUAAAAAUUAUAUUUUUCAUGUUAAGCUGAAUAAAAUAAGCAUUAUUUA